AUGUAUUCACACAACGCCCUCUCGGCUCCUCAGAAGCCUGAGACCUUUAUGCUUUCCUCGGAAGCACAGCAAGCACUGCCACAUGAUGCUCAGAUCCAGUUACAGCAAGUUGACAACUUGAAAUACUUUUUAAUAUCGGCGCCAGUUGACUGGGGCCAAGAUAGCUAUAUCCGCAGGUUCUUGCUUCCAACCGGAGAAUACGUUUCUUGCGUUCUAUGGAACAAUCUCUUCCACAUCUCGGGAACCGACAUUGUAAGGUGUCUAUCCUUCAGAUUCCAGGCUUUCGGAAGACCUGUCAAGAACUCUAAGAAAUUCGAAGAAGGUAUCUUCUCCGACCUUCGGAAUCUGAAGGCUGGUACAGAUGCCUCGCUAGAGGAGCCCAAAAGUCCAUUCUUGGACUUCCUCUACAAGAACAACUGCAUCAGGACACAGAAGAAGCAGAAGGUCUUCUACUGGUACAGUGUUCCUCAUGAUCGUCUAUUCCUUGAUGCUCUUGAGAGAGAUCUCAAGAGAGAGAAGAUGGGUCAAGAAGCUACUACGGUUGCAGUUGCAGAACCUGCCCUUUCUUUCGAAUACGACUCUUCGCAGUCACUUUUUGAACAGCUCACCAAGGCACAGCAAACUAAUUCAUCUUCAUUUAAUCCUCACGCCAUCCCAUUCUCGGCCACCAUCUCCCCCGUCGUUCGCGCAAUGGAUACCAUGCCACCACCGAUGAUUCCCCAUCAAGUCAUGCCGGUUCUCCCAGAAGAAUACCACAUGGGUAUGCCAAUGAAGAAGCACGAAGAUCUUGUCACCUACGACGGACAAACCAUCCAGAUGAAUCCAAUGAACCAAAUGAACCACCAGAUGGGCCACCAGAUGAAUCACCAAAUCAACCACCAAAUCAACCAUCAAAUGAACCACCAGAUGAACCACCAGAUGAACCCUCACCACAUGACUCCGCCAAUGAACACAGGCCAUCGCGCAGUUAUGCGAGGUAGCUCCGUUCCUCAAUACCUCGAAUACUCACCCGCUCCCUCCUUCGCAUCGUCCGCCGUGGAAGACUACAGCGCGCGCGGUGUCUCCUACGAACCCGUGACCCCACCCCAACAACUCGUGAAUGUAUCGGAACCUCAAUAUUUGUCCGCAGAGACUGCUGCUGGUAUGUACGGACCUCUCGAUCCUACCGGUCAGAACGCAAUGUCUGGUAUGGGUCAGUUGCCUCUUCCAACUGUUUCUGGUGUUGCCGCUGCGUUUUCUGCUACACCUCGCUAUGCCAACAAUGUUUUCUCGGUCAUCGAGGGUUCCCCUACCUACAAGCAACGUAGGAGGCGUUCCUCCGCCACCCCUGCUGCUUUGAGUGCUUUGUCAAACGAAGUCACAAAAAAAGCUAGUCCAGAAGCUCGACCCCGUGCUGCGACUGAAACAAUCACACUUGAGGCUGACGAAACGCAAGAAGACCACAGCCAGGGCGUCCCGCUGUCGAUACAGCCGCAACAGAGUACCCCGCAGCCGAGAGACUACUACGAACAUCAUUCUAGACAUGCCACCCCAAUGUCCAUGCUUGAAGGAAGCCCAGCUCCACCCAAUGCUCUUAUGUACCUCCAAGAACAACACGGAAUCAUGGCCAUGCCCCGCGGCGUAAGCGUUGGGCUCGAUGCCACUUCUUUCAGCCGACCCAACAUUAGUGUUAUGCGAAGAGCCCGAUCCGCCACCUACGAACCGUCGCCGUACCCGCAAAAGUCGCACUCGUGCCCAAUCCCAUCCUGCGGUCGUACCUUCAAGCGUUUAGAACAUCUUAAGAGACACGUUCGAACUCACACUCAGGAAAGACCAUAUGUCUGCCCUCACUGCAACAAGGCUUUCUCGCGAUCUGAUAAUCUCACACAACAUCGUCGUACCCACGAACGAUCAGAGAACGGUGGCCCAGUUGAGCCCUAUGACGCUCUUAGCGGCGAAGGUGAAGACAAUGAGGAAGACGGCAUUGGACCACUCGAUGAAUCCUCUGAGCCUCUCGACCAAUACUUGCACUCUUCUCAGUCUCUGAAUCUUAACAUGGCGCAACUGAUACCCCAGAUGUAA